AUGUCGCCGCAUUUAAAGACGUUGCCAGGAAUGCAGGCUCUUUACCAAAUCAACGGCGCACCCGGUCAGAAUCAAACAUUAGGCAUGGGUCUGAUGCAAGGUGGAAAUCAGCUAUUAUACCAACAACUAGCUGCCCAGCAGCAACUAGCUGCUCAACAACAACAGCAUCUAGCAGCGAAUGCCGCUGUCGCUGCUCAAAACCACCACCACCAGAAUAGUAUUAUGUUGGCGACCAGUGCACCCAUCAACCACAUCGACAACCAAAAUGAUCAUGUGAAAGUAAAGGAAGAGCAAACCAGUGAGUAUGAGCUCCAAUUAUCGAUUCAGCAGCAGUUGGCUGCGGCAGCUGCAGCGCAAGCCGCACAACCAACUCAAAUCGGGCCACAAAUUGGACAAAGCCAGGUGUCCCAACAUGGAUCACAAAUCUCAUCACAAAAUGGCAAUUCCACGGCUGUAACACAACCAGAUCCCAGCACUAGCUCUGGACCCGAAGGACCGAAAAGGCUCCAUGUCUCGAAUAUUCCAUUCAGAUUCCGAGAUCCCGAUCUUAGAGCGAUGUUCGAGAAAUAUGGAGUUGUGUCCGACGUAGAGAUCAUCUUCAACGAACGCGGCUCAAAAGGAUUUGGAUUUGUGACCAUGGAGCGACCUGCCGACGCGGAAAAAGCUCGACAGGAAUUACACGGAUCUCUGAUUGAGGGAAGAAAAAUUGAAGUGAAUUGCGCAACAGCCCGUGUUCAUUCGAAAAAAAACAAGCCAGCUGGAGAAUUGCCGGGCAUUCUUGAUCCUUUGAAUCCAUUAAUUGCUCAGUCAGCCUUGGCUGCUCAAGCCCAAUUGAAUCGAGCCCUCCUUCUUCGCAAUCCGUUGCUUACUCAGCAACUCAUAGGUCGCGGUACCCUGCUUCCUGGCCUACAGCAGCCAAACCUUCUUCAAGCUGCCCUUGCUAAUCCAUUGGCACAGUUUCAAGGGCAACCGUUGCUGCUAAACGCAGCAGCUCUUCAAGGUACACUUCCACAAGCAUUUGGCAUGGAGCCUUCAAUGCAAGCAUUUCUUGCUAAUGAGCAAGCUCGUCUUCAAAUUGCAGCCGUCGCGGCUCAAGGUCGAAUUCCGACAUCCGCUGCUGCAUCCGCUUCCCUUGGAGAGCAAUACUUGGGAAACGCGCUUUCCGCGGCGGCUUUGCCAACGUACAACCUCAACCCCGCAUAUCGCACUAUCAAUAGAUUCACACCAUAUUGA